AUGGAAGAAAGAACUACUAAUAAGUGCCCACAUUCAAAUUUAUCCAUUGAAGAAGCUGAGGAAAAAAAGAGUAAAUACAUGUGGCUAUUAACAGAUCCAGAUGAAUUCCCCAAGUUUGAACCUUGUGUAUGUACAGCUGACUGUAAAGAAAAAAUCGUAAAAAAAAAUCGUUUUAAAGAAAGAACUGAAUUAUUAACAAAUCUUCAGUAUAUAGAUGGAAAAGUUGUUAGAUUAUGUGCCAAAAGAAAAUGA